AUGGCCGGUCUCCUCGGAAAGAAGUUCCCCACCCCUGUCGCCCGCCCCAUGGCUCCCUUCUACGUUGCCGGCGCCAUCAUCUUCUACGGCAUCAACUCGCUCGCCACUACUCUCGCCAACACCGACGAGUACAGAAACGACCCCCGCAACCCCAACAAGACCCAGAUCGCCAAGGUCGCCCUCUAA